AUGGCCGCCAACACAUUCGAGACGCAGGGCGUCCGUGUUGCGGUUGAAGGCUGCGGCCACGGUACACUCGAUGCCAUCUACGCCUCUGUCGCCGAGUCGUGCAAGCAUCGCGGGUGGGAUGGCGUUGAUGUCCUCAUUAUCGGCGGCGACUUUCAGUCUGUUCGGAAUGCUGCAGAUUUGAGCAUCAUGUCUUGUCCUGUCAAGUAUCGCCACCUCGGAGACUUUCCCAAGUACUACUCUGGAGAAUGCAAAGCUCCUUACCUAACCAUAUUCAUUGCUGGCAACCACGAAGCCAGCUCGCAUCUAUGGGAGCUCUACUACGGUGGCUGGGUCGCGCCCAACAUUUACUAUAUGGGCGCCGCCAACGUCUUGCGUCUUGGUCCACUGCGCAUUGCUGGUCUCUCUGGCAUUUGGAAGGGCUUUGACUACCGCAAGCCGCACCACGAGCGGCUUCCCUUUAAUCAGGACGAUGUUAAGUCAUGGUACCACGUCCGCGAGUUUGAUGUUCGCAAACUACUACAGGUGCGGACGCAGGUGGAUGUCGGUCUCAGUCACGACUGGCCGCGCGCUAUCGAGAAGCACGGUGACCAGGAGUGGUUGUUCAGGAAGAAGCGGGAUUUCCGCCAAGAGUCGAAAGAUGGCACCCUCGGAAGUGUCGCCGCAGAGUACGUCAUGGACCGCCUACGACCGCCCUACUGGUUCUCUGCCCAUCUGCACGUCAAGUUCGGUGCGCUCAAGACCUAUGAAGAUGCAGAGGUGCCUGCACCAGAACCAAGCAAGGAACCAACUGCUUCUGAGCCUGUGGCUGCAGAAACGAAUCCUGACGAGAUCGACUUGGACUUAGACGACGAUGAUGGGGAUGAGACCAAACCAGAGGCAAAGCAGGAGACCAAGGAGAGUGAACCCAAAGAGAAGGAGGUGGCAGAAGAGUCAAAUGCGGUAUCUGAUGCGCUGAGGGCGCAACUCCCUGCAUCUUUUGCUCGUCCGCAGCCAAAGAAGACACCAGGCCAACCAGUGCCCCCUGGCAUCACCAACAAGCAGGUUCGGUUCCUUGCUCUAGACAAGUGCUUGCCCGGACGACACUUCCUGCAGCUCUGCGAGAUUCAGCCCUUCAAAUCAGAGAUGAGCUCUGAGUAUCCUCCGGCUAAGGAAUCACCUCGGUAUCGACUGCAGUAUGACCCAGAAUGGCUUGCGAUCACUCGCGUCUUUCACGAUUCUCUCGUCGUUGGAGAUCGAAGCGCCCAGACACCACCUGAUUUAGGUGAAGAGCGGUACCUACCGCUCAUCGAAGCCCAACAAAAAUGGGUGGAAGACAACAUCGUCAAGCCUGGCAAGCUAGACGUGCCGUACAACUUUGAGAUUACUGCUCCACCAUAUGUCGCCGGGACCCCAGAAAUCGUCGACGAGCAGCCGGAGGAGUAUACUAGCCCACAAACUGUUGCUUUCUGCGAGCUUCUCGGAAUCGCCAACAAAUGGAACGCGAGCAAGGAGGAGAGGCAAGAAAGAAGAGCUCAAGGCCCCGCCGAGUCAGAGAGACGCUCGUUUGGCGGAGGCAGAGGUUCCGGUCACGGUAGAGGCCGAGGAGGUGGCCGAGGGCGAGGAAGGGGUCGGGGAAGGGGUCAUAGGGGCAGAUGGUAA